AGUUUCACAUAUCGAAAACGAAAGCGGAAGUAUGACAUUUCAAAUGAUAAUAUAGUACUAGUAUGAACCAGAAUCGUUAUAUUCCUCCUCAUCGGAGGAGAGGAUUGUCGUCUGGGGGAGGAAGAAACGAACGAGCACAUCUUGACACACGACACUUUGGAAAACAAGAAAUUGUUGUUACUCUAAAAUCAAAAACAAAAUAUCAAGAUUUGCCAGGCCAGCAGAUGGAAGUCAAACCAUUGACACCAGACAUCCUGUGCCAGAAAUUCAAGCUUGAUUUUCAGCAAGACAAACUAAGGGAACUGAUGAGGUGGUUUCGAAACAUUGGCAGGGAUGAUGCCAAGGCUGUUUUAGAAUUCCCUCCGUGUCUUGACAAAGGCCAAAGAAAAGAUAUUCAUCUUCUGGCAAAUAACUUUGGUUUGGGUACCUCUAGCCAAGGGUUUGGAGAUCAGCGAUAUCUCUGUGUGUAUACAGUGGAAGCUGCAGCUCUUGGAGUGGAGAAAAUCUCAUUGACCCAAGAAGAAAAAAGAAAAAGCGAUGAAGUGUGGUUUCUUGUAAAAAAGUUUGGAGGACGAUUGGUCAGCAAAUAUAGUCACAAUGAAAUUAGUGAAAUGAUCCUAGCUGACAAUCUCCAUCCUGACUUGCAAGACCUGUUUGAUAAAAACCAAGAUAUUCUGGCAGAUGAGUUUGCAGAUAAGUGUAAAAUAAGAAGCAAAAAAGAGUAGUUAAUUACUA